GCGGUUGUUGCGCGAGCGCCGGGGCUCCGGGCGCCUGCGCAGAGCCGGGCGUCAUACCCUGUGGCCUGGGUUAGGGGGCGGGGAGCCGGCGGGGAACCGGCGGGGACCCCAGGGAGCCGGCGGCGAGCCCAUGGAGCCGAAUAGCGGUUCGGAGGCUGGAGCAGAGGCGGAGCGGGAGGAGGGAGAGCCCGAGGUGAAGAAGCGGAGACUUCUGUGUGUGGAGUUUGCCUCGGUCGCGAGUUGCGACGCCGCCGUGGCUCAGUGCUACCUGGCCGAGAACGCCUGGGAGAUGGAAAGAGCGCUGAACUCCUACUUCGAGCCGGCCGUGCAGGAGAGUGCUUUAAAAAGCCAUCCUGAGACCCCCUGUGAGCCCGAGUCCUGUGUUGACCUAACCAAGGAAGAAACAAGUGAUUCCAUUAGUUCUCAAACCAGCACAUCUGAAAAUGUCCAGCAAGAAGAUGGCAGCGUGUUCUCUUUCAUUACCUGGAAUAUUGAUGGGUUGGACCUCAACAAUCUGCCAGAGAGGGCUCAAGGGGUGUGUUCCUAUUUAGCUUUGUACAACCCAGAUGUGGUAUUUCUCCAGGAAGUUAUUCCCCCAUAUUAUGCCUGCUUGAAGAAGAAAGCAAGUAGUUACGAGAUUAUUACAGGUCAUGAAGAAGGAUAUUUCACAGCUAUGAUGUUGAAGAAAUCGAGAGUGAAAUUUAAAAGCCAAGAGAUUAUUCCUUUUCCAAAUACAAAAAUGAUGAGAAACCUUUUGUGCGUGCAUGUGACUGUGUCAGGAAAUGAACUUUGCCUUAUGACUUCUCAUUUGGAGAGCACCAGAGGGCAUGCUAAGGAACGAAUGAAUCAGUUGAAAAUGGUUUUAAAGAAAAUGCAGGAGGCUCCAGAGUCAGCUACAGUUAUAUUUGCAGGAGAUACAAAUUUAAGGGAUCAAGAAGUUACCAAAUGUGGUGGUUUACCCAACAACAUUUUGGAUAUCUGGGAGUUUUUGGGCAAACCUAAGCAUUGCCAGUAUACAUGGGAUACACAGAUGAACUCUAAUCUUGGAAUAGCUGCUACUUGUAAGCUUCGUUUUGAUCGAAUAUUUUUUAGAGCAGCAGCAGAAGGCGACCACAUUAUUCCUCGCAGUUUGGACCUCCUUGGGUUGGAAAAACUGGACUGUGGUAGAUUUCCUAGUGAUCACUGGGGUCUUCUGUGCAACUUAGAUGUAAUAUUGUGAACUGCUUUUCAAAUACGAGUUUUAAAUGUUCUGAGCAGUUUUGGUCUGUUUUUGCAAAUAUAAUUUCUGCCUGUCUAGGAAGGUAGCUUAAUGUGGAGGAAUUAAUAUACUGGAUCAUUUUGACAAGAAAAAAAUGACUGUGAUUUUAUUUUGUGGAUUGUGUCCUCAGAUUUCAGAACUAAAUCUUAAUGUUUAUUUAAACGAAAGCAUACCUGUGUUCAGAACAUGAGGCCUCUUAAUGAAAGAUGACAAAGGCUAACAGAGCUUAUAAUAAUGCUGAUGGUUGCUGGCUGGAUUUCAAGCAGGGCCACAUUGUCUGUGGACUAGCCUUUAUGUUUGAUUUAUUUUUUAAAUCAGGUACCCAAAUAGUUAAUAUUUUAAAUGAGUCUUCAAAAAAAAAUAAAGAGGUUACUGAGUCCUUGGGAUUGGAUCUUUUAAUAAUAUUUCAUAAAUCCAGAUAAUCUGAUAGUUAUCCUACAUCAGACUUUAUUUUUGUCAGGUAAUAGUACCUACUUGGUAAGCUAGAAAUGAACUCAUGAUUUAAAAUUGCUUAAUUUUUAAAAAUUCAUGUUUGUAGUUCUGUCACCAACAGAGGCAAAGUUAGCCUUGACAGUGAUUAAAGUCAGUUUUAUAGAGGCAUUGGACUUUUUUUUCUAAGAGAAAAAUAAAUGUGUAAGGAGAAAAAGCCUUUUAGUUUUGCUGCUUGUAAAACUGAAUUUUUUUUCAAGAGGUGAAUAAGGAACCCUUCUACAUGUGCUUCAAGGAAACAUUUUUUUCCCAUAAGAGAAUGUACUUUAAAUAAAGAAUUUUGCUUGUU